UACGAGACUGAAACACGUCGCGCCUUGGGAAUCAACCUUUCUCCAGACAGCUCGAAAUCGUCGAGAAGAGCGUGUAGUGUACUGUACUCUCUCAAACGCAAAUUUCGGGAAAAAGCGAAAUAAUGGCGGCGAUCAGUUUGCUGAAUCCGAAGGCCGAAUUCGCCCGGGCGGCGCAAGCCCUGGCGGUGAACAUCUCCGCCGCGAAGGGCAUUCAGGAUGUGAUGAGGACCAAUUUGGGGCCCAAGGGAACCAUGAAGAUGCUGGUUUCUGGAGCUGGAGAUAUAAAGAUCACCAAGGAUGGCAAUGUACUUUUGCAUGAAAUGCAGAUUCAGCAUCCUACAGCAUUUAUAGCAAGAGCUUCUACAGCUCAAGACGAUAUGACUGGUGAUGGUACAACCAGCACUGUGUUAGUCAUCGGUGAACUUUUGAAGCAAGCUGAUCUUUACAUAGCAGAGGGAUUACAUCCGAGAGUAAUUACGGAUGGUUUUGACUUGGCUCGUUCCAAGUCGUUAGAAGUAUUGGAUACAUUGAAAGUUCCAAUCGAGCCUAUCAAAGCGAACUUGUUGGACAUUGCGAGAACCUCCCUUAGGACGAAAGUUCAUCACACUAUAGCUGACAAAUUAACUGAGAUUUGUGUGGAUGCUGUCUUGGCUAUUAAACAAGAAGAUAAGGAGAUAGACUUGCACAUGGUUGAAUUAAUGGAGAUGCAGCAUAGAACGGCAGUUGAUACUACUCUAAUCCGUGGCAUAGUUACUGAUCAUGGAGCCAGACAUCCAGAUAUGCCAAAGAGAGUAGAGAAUGCAUAUAUUUUGACCUGUAAUGUGAGCUUAGAAUAUGAAAAAAGUGAGGUCAACAGUGGAUUCUUUUAUAAAUCAGCUGAAGAACGCGAAAAGUUGGUGGCUGCUGAACGCGUGUUCAUCGAUAAUCGUGUGCAGAAGAUAAUCGACUUGAAAAAGAAGCUGUGCGAUGGAACAGAUAAAUCUUUCGUCGUGAUAAAUCAAAAAGGAAUAGAUCCGCAGUCCCUCGAUAUGCUCGCAAAGGAGAAUAUUGUUGCUUUACGUAGAGCCAAGCGCAGAAACAUGGAACGUUUGGCACUCGCGUGCGGUGGUCUAGCCAUGAAUUCUGUGGACGAUCUGAAAGAAGAACAUUUAGGAUGGGCUGGCCUUGUAUAUGAACAUGUGCUGGGAGAAAACAAAUACACCUUCAUAGAGGAGUGCAAAAAGCCAAACUCUGUAACAAUUUUGUUAAAGGGACCUAAUAAAUUUACAGUGGAACAAUUGAAAGAUGCUGUGCGUGAUGGACUUAGAGCAAUAAAGAAUGCUAUCGAUGAUGCAGCUGUUGUUCCUGGAGCUGGAGCCUUUGAGGUUGCAGCCAGUCAAGCUCUUCAACGGUAUAAGGAGCAAGUAAAAGGAAAGCAACGUCUGGGAGUACAAGCUUAUGCAGAAGCUUUACUUGUCAUUCCGAAAAUUCUUGCUGUUAAUAGUGGAUUUGAUCCGCAAGAUACAAUUGUUAAAUUAUUGGAGGAAAGCACCACUCUAGAUGAAACUGUAGGAUUGGAUCUGUCCACAGGAGAAGCUCUAAAACCUGCGAAUGCUGGCAUUUAUGAUAAUUACAAUGUAAAGAAACAAAUUAUAAAUUCCUGUACAAUAAUCGCAAGUAAUCUUCUUCUGGUUGACGAGAUAAUGAGAGCAGGAUUAUCCUCACUAAAGGGUUAAGAACUCUUAUAUAAUAAAGAGUUUAAAAACUAUUAACAAUUUUUUUUACAAAACCACUCAAAUUACUGAAUUAUUAUUAAUGUUGCAUUACGUCUGUUAACUGAAUUCAUCACUUAAUAUAUCUUGCUUUUAAUAUGAAUAUUUAAUAGCACGAAUUUUCACACUUGAACUUAAUAAAGUAUUGCUUUUGUAUAAAAUA